AUGACACCACGUGACCGACCGCCAGACCAUGGGCAUUGGGCAACGGGUUACCAAACACAUGUCCGGUACGCUUUCGUUCCUGAAAUCGCGAAGCCUGAAAGGAAAGUUCAAUUUCGAGAAAAAUUACUAUGGACUGCGAUUACCCUUUUCGUCUUUUUGGUAUGUUGUCAGAUUCCACUUUUUGGUAUCUUAUCAAGCGAUUCAGCGGAUCCAUUUUAUUGGUUGAGAGUCAUUAUGGCUUCCAACCGUGGUACUUUGAUGGAAUUAGGCAUUAAUCCUAUUGUAACUUCAAGUUUGAUCAUGCAGGUGUUAGCAGGAGCCAAAAUUAUCGAAGUUGGCGAUUCUCCCAAGGAAAGGGCUCUUUUUAACGGUGCUCAAAAGUUAUUCGGUAUCAUUAUGACUGCCGGCCAAGCCAUCGCUUACAUGCUGACUGGUAUGUAUGGCAAUCCAAGUGAUCUUGGUACGGGUAUUUGCGCACUCAUCGUCAUACAAUUGGUCAUUGCUGGUGUCAUCGUCAUGUUGUUAGACGAACUAUUACAAAAAGGCUACGGUUUGGGCUCCGGUAUAUCGCUUUUUAUUGCUACCAAUAUUUGCGAAACUAUCGUGUGGAAAUCAUUUAGCCCCGCUACAAUCAAUACUGGACGGGGUACUGAAUUUGAGGGUGCUGUUAUCGCUCUAUUUCACUUAUUAGCCACCCGAAGUGAUAAAGUGCGUGCCUUACGUGAAGCCUUAUAUCGCAAUAACUUGCCCAACAUGAUGAACUUGUUUGCCACCAUUUUUGUAUUCUGUAUUGUUAUUUACUUCCAAGGCUUUCGUGUUGAUCUACCAAUUAAAUCAGCUCGCUAUCGUGGCCAGACUACAUCUUACCCAAUCAAAUUGUUCUAUACGUCCAAUAUGCCUAUCAUUUUACAGAGUGCCUUGGUUUCCAACUUUUACGUCAUUUCUCAAAUGUUAUCCUUGAGAUUCCGUGAUAACAUUUUCAUCAAUUUACUUGGCCGAUGGGAAAAUUACGAAGGAGGCGGCCCAGCUCGCGCCUAUCCAGUUGGUGGUUUGUGCUAUUACUUAUCGCCGCCAGAUACGACAGCUCAUAUAAUCAGCGAUCCUAUGCAUGCAGUAUGUUACAUCGUUUUUAUGCUAACUUCUUGCGCUGUCUUUUCUAAAUUAUGGAUAGAUAUUUCUGGUUCUUCCGCCAAAGAUGUUGCUAAACAACUAAAGGAACAGCAAAUGGUCAUGAGAGGACACCGUGAAAAAUCAAUGAUCCACGAAUUAAACAGAUACAUUCCUACUGCUGCUGCAUUUGGUGGCUUAUGUAUUGGUGCUUUAUCAGUUUUGGCUGAUUUUAUGGGAGCCAUUGGAUCUGGUACUGGAAUAUUGCUUGCUGUCUCAAUCAUAUAUCAGUAUUUUGAAACAUUUGUUAAAGAACAAAGUGAACAAGGUGGCAUGAGUACCAUGUUAUUCUAAAAUUGAUAUUGUUAACCUGAUUAUGUUUCUUGUCUCGACUAAUACAAUAUGUGACGUUAUGUGCUACAUUAUUUGAAAUUUCAAAUGAACUGAAUAAAUUUUACUCUAUAUCCU